AUGUCUUCAUACAAACCCAUUGACUCGAAAAGGGAGGAAUUUAGACGUUACCUAGAGCGGGCUGGAGUAAUGGACGCCCUUACGAAGGUCCUUGUAAGUCUCUAUGAAGAACCGGACAAACCAGAAGAUGCCUUAGAAUAUGUUCGUAAACAUUUAGGAACUGACGGUGGUGAGGAUGAACUGGAGGCAGCACGAGCACGUAUAGCAGAAUUGGAAGCUGAAAAUGCACUCUUAAAAGGAGAAACUGCUCCCACUGAAGGAUAA